CAUUUAAAAAAACAAACAAAAGAAGAAGAGAGAAACUGUUGUGUUUGAUGGUGUUCGCUUUUGUUCAAUAGGAGCGACCUUUGGAUUUUCCAGCCAUGUAGAUAAAUGAUUAUAAAUUAGAUUGUAGCAGAAUCGCUAAAUGUUUAAUUUAGUUGUAAAUAAGUGUCAGUGACCGUUUGUGCUGUGCAGUGUGAGAGGAAAUUCCAGCCUGAUUAGCAGCGCAGUGUUUCUUCCUGCAGUGGAUUUCCAGGUCGGAGAAGGAUGGGGUCGCUCGGGAGUCGCUUCCAAGCCGCUCCCCACCGCCUCGGCGAGACGACGCAACCGCACUGCACUGGAAGCACACACACCUGCGAGUGCAAGAAAAGGAAACGAAGCUCACAAUGCGAGUAUGACAGUGACCCAGAGGAGGAGGACAGUCUGCUGGACACACCUUGCAGGAAAAAGCUGAAGAGCACGUCCAAGUACAUUUAUCAGACGCUGUUCCUGAACGGAGAGAACAGCGACAUCCGGAUCUGCGCGCUCGGCCAGGAGUGGAACCUGCACAAAGUUUACCUGUGUCAGUCGGGAUACUUCUCCAGCAUGUUCAGCGGCUCCUGGAAGGAAUCCAACAUGAUGGUCAUCCAGUUGGAGAUCCCAGACCAGAACAUCGACACUGAAGCUCUUCAGGUGGUGUUUGGCUCGCUCUACAGAGAUGAUGUUCUGAUCAAACCCAGCCGUGUUGUCAGUAUCCUGGCGGCCGCCUGCAUGCUCCAGCUGGAUGGGCUAAUCCAGCAGUGUGGUGAAUCCAUGAAGGAGAACAUAAGCGUGAAGACGGUGUGCGGUUUCUACGCCGCCGCUAACAUGUACGGCCUGGACUCGGUCACGAAGAAGUGUUUGGAGUGGCUUCUCAAUAACCUGAUGACUCAUCAAAACGUGGACCUCAUGAAGGAGCUGGGGGUGGAAAUCAUCGAGCAGCUGAUUCAGUCCUCGGAUCUUUUUGUCAUGCAAGUCGAGAUGGACGUGUACACCGCUCUGAAGAAGUGGAUGUUCCUGCAGCUCAAUCCGUCGUGGGAUGGUCCCAUCAAGCAGCUUCUGGUCGAUGCAGAUACGUGGCUGUGUAAAAGAAGAAGCGAGCUUGGAGAGGACGAGCCGUUUCUGUGCACGGACCAGGGCUCGCCUUUUACCCCCGUCUUCAGACACAUCCGCCUGCAGUACAUCAUCAACGACCUGGCGUCGGCCCGCAUCCUCGAGAGGGAUAACAUCGUUCCGCCCGACUGGUUGUCCAGGAUAUACAAGCAGCAGUGGUUCGCCAUGCUUCGAACCGAGCACGACAAUGACAACGGACCUCAAGAGGCCAAUAAGGAGGAAUUUGAGCAGAACAGCAUGCGCUGCGGUCGAAAACUGAACAAAGAUGGAGAUUACUGCUGGAGAUGGACCGGUUUUAAUUACGGCUUCGAUCUGCUGGUCACCUACACCAACCGCUUCAUCGUGUUCAAGAGGAAUACGCUCAGUCAGCCAUGCGGGGGCGCGGUCAGCCUACAGCCACGACGACACCUUGCUUUCAGGUUACGGCUCGCGUCGUUCGACAGCUGCGGCAAACUGAUAUGCAGCCGAUCUACAGGCUACCAGCUGCUCACUCUGGAGAAGGAUCAGGAGUACGUGGUGAUGAACCUGGACAGCCGUCUCCUGUCUUUCCCACUCUAUGUCUGCUGUAACUUCCUGUACACUUCCCCCUCCCCCGAGCGCCGGGCCGACGCCGGCGAAUCAGAAAGCAGCGCCCGCAGCAAGUCGUGACCCUCCGGCCAAUCAGCUCCGUCCUGAUCUUGUGACAUCAUUACGUCCCGCUUCCAGCUCGCUCACUUUUUUACCAUCAGUUUUCUAUAGCUUGUGUUAUUUUUACUUUUUUUUUUAAAAAACAAAACAAAAAAAACUGUAUAUGGAUUGUAUUAAUUUGUUUUAUUUUACUUUUAUAUUUAUUUCUAAAUGUUUUUUAUUAUUUUGGUAUAAGUAAACCCAAAACAAACUACAGGCACAGUGAGUGCAUGUUAUACUUUUAGUUCUUCUGUUAUAGAAAUGGGAUUUGUACAAAGUUCACUGUUGUAUUCUUGUCUGUUCAUACUGUAUAUAGUUUUGAUUUUGCCAGGCAUUCCUAUUUAUUCAGUGUGGUGUUUGUUUUUUUUGUACUGUUUAAAAGAAAAAGAAACUGGUGCUUUUUCUUCCAGUGCAGCUCUAUUCCAAGAUACAGACAUCACUUUAUGAACAAUUGGCCAUUUCAUAUUUUCUGUCAUUAUAUUGUGAAUAUGUACACAUGACGAUGAAUGUGUCUUGGUUAAAUGUAGAUGAUGUGUGCACUAUGGGCCAAAAUAACACCUUCACAUUCAGGCAUGAGGAUCUAAUCAGCACUGUCUGGGGCGUGUGAUCAGACCAGAGCCUAAUCGCCAAAAAAUAAAUAAACUGAUGAAAAACAGGUACUUUG